AUGGAGCUUAGCGGGUACCGCAGCUUCCUCUCCUUCAGAUCCCGCGGCCUAGCCGUUCCCAACCGUCUCCUCCAGACGUGGAGCUCCACGUACAUGAAGCGUCACCACCCCGACGUGGAUUGGCGUGCGUCGAUUCGCUGCCCCGACGGCCGCGAGGACCACCUCAUCCUCGCCCACAUGCGUGAUGCGGCGGAGGUCGAGGUGGCGGACGACGUGAAUGCAGCUGCAGAGGUGGAAGAGUGGAUCAACCCACUCUACGCCGCCCCGCAGCCCGACCCUAUGGAGGCUGCCGAUGCAUCUGAUGUUGAUGAGGAAGGCGAGGCAUCUGAGGAUGACCCCACAGCCCACGAUGAGUGGGAUGAUUAG